CCGUUUCUUCACUUCCAACUCACAGCUCCCUCGUUUGCUAUAGGUCUGAGACCUGCCAUUCAUUUUUUUCAAACAACCGUCUUUUUCACUCUUCUCUCAAAGAAGCUAGGCUUCAAAAUUCUCUGUACAUCACCUAUUGCUCUUCUCGAACAACAAACAACCCAUCACAAUGAAGUCUUACGUUAUCGCUACUGCCAUUGCAGGCCUUGCCUCUUCUGUUGCUGCUCACGGUAGCAUCGUCAGCCCAACUCCCCGAAAGGCCGGCGAUGGCCUCAAGCAAGCAUGCGGUGACCAGGUCUUCAACACUCAGAAUUCUGACAUGUACGGCAACGUCCAGGGUUCUAUACAGAACCUUCAGGGCAGCCACCCUGAUUGCCGUAUCUGGCAGUGCAAGGGUGUUCCUUUUUCCGAUCACACCGAGGUCUUCUCCUAUACCCCCGGCCAAGUGGUAAACAUGACCGUCACCAUUCGUGCGCCCCACGACGGUCUUGCCAAUGUUUCCAUCAUCGAUCUCGCUACCGACAAGGUCAUCGGCAAGCCCCUCAUCAGCUGGGACAAGUACGCCUUGACCUCUGUUCCCCUCAGCCAGCAUCCCGAGUGGACCGACUUCAGCAUCACCAUGCCCGACGUGAGUGAUCACUGCAACAAGGCUGGCAUCUGUGCGAUUCAGUGGUACUGGGAUGCACCCACCAUUAACCAGACAUACGAGUCUUGCGUAGACUUCACCAUGGGUGCUGGCUCCGGCUCCGGUUCUGGUUCUGGCAACAGCACUGCUCCUGCUCCUGCUCCUUCCCCAGUCGACAACUCUGGCUCUGCCCCUGCUACAUCGCCUUCUGCGUCGCCUGUCCCAGUUGAGAACUCGAACUCCGACUCUGGCAGCGCCCCUGCUCCAUCUUCUGCUCCCUCGCAGGGCUCCGGCUCCAACUCUGGCUCCGGUUCCGCGCUCCCAAAGACCUUCACUAUCGACACCUUCAUCACCUGGCUCCGCGCCAAUGCCGGUUCUGGCGUCGCUAAUAAGGUGCGCAGUGUGAUGGUCGCCGGAGGCGUUCAUCCCCGUGCUUUCCGUGGUUAAGCUUCGUAUGGAGCAAAAGACCGCUAGUACAAUCGACCAUGUAUGAUGAUUUGGUUGGAAACAAGAAAUUACUGUUCGAUUCUGCUGUAGAUAUACACUUUCCAAUGACACCAUUUUACCCACCAUUUGUGGGAGCUGUGCA